UUCUGCCGUCUUUAGAGAGAGACAGAGGGAGGGGGGGAUCUGAAGAGUGGGGGGAAAUGGAUAAGGGAUUAAGACUGAAGGGUGAAGGAGUUGGAAGCUAGCGGAAAGAUUUGAUUUUGGUGUAAAUUUCUUAUUUUAGCAUCAUUAUCUGUUGUAGCUGAAGCCAGAGUUGUGUUUAUUUUGCCAUGAAAGUGAGAGCGGUGCUUUGUGGAAAUAUUUCACUGAGAAAGCUGUGUGAUGUUUCUGGUGAUUUAUGAGAAAACUUUGGUGAGGAAAAGAUUGUUUGUUCAAUUUUCAACAAAUGGGCUUGUGUUGGAUUGUUGGUUGCUGUACUUCUGGAGGAUAUGAGGUGGGUUUCUAAAAUUUUGGAGGAUUAGGGUUUCAGGAGCUGGAAUUUGGUUUAUUAGUAUCAGUGGAGGAAUGAGAUUUGGGAUUUUACGAUUUUGAUCAAGGAAAGAGUACAGAAGCAUGUGGAUUUUCCUAUAUUUCUCCAAAUCAAAAGGCAGGUUUCUGGUUUCCCUUCUAAGUUAGCAACUAUUCAGCUAGAAACAAGUGAUCUAAUUGCCUGCAAAAACUAUUGGAUCUCUUCAUCGAAUUUGUGAUAUUUGUCGGGUCAAAAUCAAUAGUGCUUGUCGAUAUAAUCAUGUUUGGGAAUUCCACCAAAGAACUGCUGAAGGACUCUGAGAAAUGCUUGGACUCCCAGCUUUGGCACGUUUGUGCUGGUGGUAUGAUUCAAAUGCCACCUGUUAACUCUAAGAUUUACUAUUUCCCUCAAGGCCAAGCUGAACAUGCCGUCACUAAUGUAGAUUUUGGUAAUGCUCGAAUCCCUGCCCUCGUUCAUUGUCGUGUAGCUUCUGUGAAAUUCUUGGCUGACCGCGAAACUGAUGAGGUUUUUUCCAAGAUAAAACUAAUCCCGGUUCGGGAUAAUGAGUCCGAUUAUAGUGAAGCCGAUGAUCAGUUGAGCCUAAAUGGCAACGGUCCAGAUUUACAAGAGAAACCUGCAUCUUUUGCCAAGACACUGACUCAAUCUGAUGCUAACAACGGUGGGGGUUUCUCCGUGCCUCGUUAUUGUGCUGAAACCAUUUUCCCUCGUUUGGACUACUCAGCUGACCCUCCUGUACAAACUGUUCUUGCUAAGGAUGUGCACGGUGAAGUUUGGAAGUUUAGGCACAUUUAUAGGGGUACCCCUCGCCGUCAUUUGCUUACAACCGGUUGGAGUACUUUCGUCAAUCAGAAAAAGCUAGUGGCCGGGGAUUCAAUUGUUUUCUUGAGAACCGAGAACGGAGAGCUAUGUGUUGGAAUCCGAAGAGCUAAGAGAGAAAUGGGCAAUGGUCCUAACUCCAUUUCAGGGUGGAACCCUCCCCCUUAUGGGGGGUUUUCGAUGUUUUUAAGGGAAGAAGAGAGCAAGCUAAUGAGAGGGAACAGCAACAACGGUAUCAAUUGUGGAGGGUUCGCUAAUAUCAGAGGGAGAGGGAGAGUGAAGGCUGAGUCUGUGACUGAGGCAGCAACUUUGGCAGCGAGUGGACAGGCUUUUGAGGUAGUUUACUAUCCGCGGGCUAGCACCCCAGAGUUCUGUGUGAAAGCAUCAGCAGUGAGAGCAGCGAUGAGGAUACGGUGGUGCCCAGGUAUGAGGUUUAAAAUGCCUUUUGAAACAGAGGAUUCGUCGAGGAUAAGCUGGUUCAUGGGUACGAUAUCUUCGGUGCAAGUUGCUGAUCCUCUCCGUUGGCCUAAUUCACCAUGGAGGCUACUUGAGGUGACGUGGGAUGAACCAGAUUUGUUACAGAAUGUGAAACGGGUUAGCCCAUGGCUCGUAGAACUAGUGUCCAACAUUCCAUCCAUCCACUUAACCCCCUUCUCAUCACCUAGGAAGAAACUACGACUUCCCCAUCAUCCCGACUUCCCCCUUGAAAGUCAAUAUCCAACUCCAACCAUUUUCCCGGAAAACCACCUCCUCGGGCCCAGCAGUAGACCUGCAGGCAUACAGGGAGCCAGGCAUUCUCAAUUUGGUACUAUUUCCCUACCAAAUAUCCAUCUUAACAAACUUCAUCCCGCUCUAUUUCCAUCUAAUUUUCACCCAACUCCGCCCUCAAGAAUCUCCACAAGCCUCUUCAUGAACAACCCCCCAGUUCAUAACAAUGUCUCCUGCUUGCUCACUAUUGGUACCCCUCCUCAGGCCUUGAAGAAACCUUUUGACAAAAAAGCCCCUCAAUUUGUGCUAUUUGGGCAGCCCAUACUCACUGAAGAACAAAUCUCUCUAAGCAACUCUUUGAACAGUUCGUCUGAUGAUAAUCAUGAAAAGGUAGCAAACUGGUCCUGUGAAGAUUUUCCAUGCUACAAACAUUGCAAAGUUUUCAUGGAAUCAGAGGAUGUUGGCCGAACCCUUGAUCUCUCUGCUCUUGAUUCUUAUGAGGAGCUUUAUGAGAAAUUGGGUGGUAUGUUUGGCAUUGAGAAAUCUGAGAUAAUGAGCCAUGUGGUUUAUUGUGAUGCAUUUGGUGCUGUCAAACAUACGGGAGACGAACCAUUCAGCGAGUUUAUGAAAACAGCACGGAGGCUGACGGUGCUUAUGGAUUCAAGCAGUGACAACAUCGUUGGAGGACAUAUCGUUCACUCUUACUAGGCUGACGGUGCUUAUGGAUUCAAGCAGCGACAACAUCAUCCGAGGAUAUAUCGUUCAAUCUUAGUAGGCGGGCGACACAAAAUAUUGCAAAUAGUUAUGUUCUAUUUUCUUUUAUUCCCUUUGUUAUGUAUUUGUGCUAAGCUUCCAGAGAACUUUGAUCUAUCAUUUCAAUUGCCCCUAAAGUUAGGAUUUUGGAACUAGACCAUGAUUAUCUCAUCAAAUGUAAUAUGUGUUACUCUUCUUUUGCUUUCCUCUAUUUUGUGGUGUGUGUGUUCAAUAAAAACCACUAUCUUUUAUAUCGUA